CUCAGGCAACAUGACUUUUGCCAGGGGUUUUCCAAGUUUUCUGCCAGUUUUCCACUUGUGGUCGAUUAUUUACAAGGUUUGUUUAUGCCAAACAGAGGAGAGCGUGACGGACUACUCUCUCGUUACCUUCGACUACAGCGACUUUCCACAGCCAUGUGACAAAGACCACAACCAACAGUUCCGCCUGUGGUUCAUGUCUCCUUUCUUCUCCGCCAUCAGCUGCACGGGACUGUUGGGGAACCUCCUGGUCAUCCUCACCUUCGUCUACUUUAACCGCCUCAAGACCAUGACGGACGUGUACCUGCUCAACUUGGCGUUUGCAGAUCUGCUGUUCGCGCUGUUGCUUCCCUUCUGGGCAGCCAGCUACGUGGCCGAUUGGCCGCUGGGCGUCGCCAUGUGCAAGACGAUGCACACGGUUUCUAAGGUCACGUCUUACAGCAGCAUGUUCCUGCUCUGUCUGAUCAGCGUGGACCGCUACUUUGCCAUCGCCAAGGCUGUUUCCGCCCGCCGACUGCGCUCCCGGACUGUGUUCGUCAGCAAGGUGUCGUCCGUUAUAGUCUGGAUCACAGCUCUGAUCAGUUCCAUACCAGAAAUGAAAUACACGUCAGUCACCAACAACAUCUGCACUCCUUUCACCAGUUUGUCCGACCCGCUUCGCGUUGGCAUCCAGACCAGCCAGAUUGUUCUCGCCUUUGCGCUUCCGUUGCUGGUCAUGAGCUUCUGUUACAGUAAAAUCGUGCAGACACUUUGUCAGACUCAAAACUUUGAGCGCAACAAGGCCGUCAAAGUGAUCCUCGUUGUCGUCGUGGUCUUCGUGGUCUGUCAGGUGCCGUACAACCUGGCCUUGUUCUGGGCCACCGUCUUCGCAGCCAACGGAGGAACUUCGGACUGUUCGUACGAGAACAAUCUGGUCUACGUGACUGACGUCACUCAGUGCGUGGCCUUCCUUCGCUGCGCCCUCAACCCUUUCGUGUACGCCUUUGUUGGUGUUAAAUUCCGCCAUGACCUCCUGAGGCUAAUGAGGAAAUUGGGUUGCGUGAGUCAGGAGAGGUUCCUCAGGAGAAAUAUCCCUGGUGCCUUAGACACAGACACCACCACCACGUUCUCGCUAUAAGAAACUUAAACAAUAGACCACACAACUGCAAUACUUCCAUAUCCCAACUGCUCA